AUGAUCUCUCAGUUCUUCUCAACGCUAACUGAUGCAGCCACCCCGCUACGCUUUACUUUGCUAAAUCAGCAACUUGCACAGCUCUCACAAUUUGUGGGAGUUCCUGUGGACCAAUUGCGCUGUGUCACUUGCCUUUUAGCUGCGUAUCCAUUAGCGAUCGUAGUGCGUAAAGUGCCAAAUGUUGCAACUAAGCACUGGUUACACAUUUGUGCUGGAGUUAGCAUUGCCCAGUUUGUCUAUGGCACAGGAUGGUUACACUCGUUAGUAUCUUCGUUGCUUACGUACGCAAUGGUGUGUGUACUACCGCACAAGACGGCACCACUUGUGGUGUUUCUUGCCAACAUGUUGUUCGUAGCAGCGCUGCAUCUUCAUCGCAUGCGGGUCAAUUAUAUGGGUUGGAGUAUGGACUCAACCGCUAGUCAAAUGCUACUGCUCAUCAGACUCACAAGUUUUGCUUUCAAUUACCACGAUGGGGUCGUCGCUAAUGCGACAACAGUAAAAGAUGGUGACUCAGAGCACAUGAAAAUGGUGAAACAAUCGCGCAAGCAGCUUGCGAUUCCCAAAAUUCCAUCGCUGCUCGAAUUUCUCGGGUUUGUUUACUGUUUCACGACAUUUCUAGCUGGUCCGGCUUUUGAAUACAAGGAAUAUAGCGACGCCAUUCAUCGGACCCGAUUUGUGGAUAGAAAUGGCGUUCGGCGCAACAUAUCACCUACAUAUGCGGCGCUAUCAAAGCUCGCACUCGGUUUAGGACUCAUGGGACUAUUUGUGCGAUUUGGAGCUUUCGCAGCUCUGAAUGAAAUUUUGAAUGAUGAUGACCAGUCCAUGCUUUUAAAGUGGGGACGAUUAUUAAUUGCGCUCUUCUUAACGCGUGCCAAGUACUACUUAGCGUGGAAGCUAGCGGAAGGUGCGACUGUGCUCACUGGUACUGGAUUCGAAGGGUUUGAUGAACAAAAUAACCCCAAGGGCUGGGAUGGUGUCAGCAACGUCGAUAUCAUAGGGUUCGAGCUUGGUGCCAAUGUUCGCGAGAUCUCGCGGGCCUGGAACAAGGGCACACAGAAUUGGCUGGAGCGCUAUGUGUACACCCGAACGGGCAAUUCGCUGCUUGCAACGUACUUGGUCUCUGCUUUGUGGCACGGAUUUUACCCAGGAUACUACCUCUUCUUUCUUACAGUACCCCUUGCAACAGCCGUGAACCGUUUGGCUCGACGUCAUGUGCGUCCGUAUGUAGUCGAUAGCCCAAUCAAACCGCUCUACGAUGUUUUCGGUAUGAUCUGUACCGCUAUGGUUGUAAAUUACUUGGCCGUGUCAUUCGUAGUGCUAUCGUGGGAAGAUGCCGUCGCAGGCUUUCGCUCUAUGCGUUUUGCUGGUCAUCUUGGGCUUGUAGUAUGCUAUCUAUUGCUUACCUUUGUCCCAAUUAAAAAGUCGCCAAAUAGUAAAAAGAUCAUAUGA